UUAAGUGAUUGUGAAAUGUUAAAUAAAUUGUUAUGACUAUGGGUUGCACUCCAAGCAGUCAUAGCAGCGAUCAGACAGGUUUCGCCUAUGGAUGUGCCCAAAGCUCCCAUUCCUCGGGCAACGAACACGACUACAGGAGGACAUCCAUUGAACUUAACGGAAACCAUACGACCACUGUUUGCAAUAACAAAGAAAUGCGAGAAUCGCUGAAUUCACGAAUGAAUAUCUUAAAACACGACAAAAUGUGCCUUAAUUUCCCUAAUGUUAAAGUAUUAUUGGUUUUUGACAAACCGGACGCUCAGUGCGAUGCUCUCAAAUGGGCCGCAGAAAAGCUAUCAUUUGAAACAUAUUUAUGCCAUAACUUUGAGUCAGCCGUUGAUUGUUAUACUGAGGAAAGGCAUCAUUUGGUGAUCAUUGACUCCAGACAUUCAUCACACAUGUUGGACGCAUCAUCUCUGUGCAGAUCCAUAAGAAAUAUUAAAGGAAGUGAAUACACGUGUAUUGUUGCGGUCGUUAAGAGAAGUUUAGCCGAAAAAGAAGAGGCAGGAGUUUUGCCAUUUAUUAGACACGGAUUCAAUAGAUGGUUCAUAGAGUCAUAUAAUUUAGGCAUUUGUCUCAAUGAAUUGAUUCAAUUAGAGAAUAACGAUAUUGCCAUUCAAUCUAAACUUAAAGCAAGUCAUGCCUUAUUCACUGCACUCGACUACUGUAAGGACGGUGUGAUAGUUACCGGUCCUAAUCAUGACAUACAAUACCUGAAUCAAGCCAUUGAAAAAAUGUUGGGUUUUAGGUAUGAAGAAAUUAUCGGCAAAAAUGCUUAUGAUUUGCAUCGAAGCGAUUCAUUGAAGACCGAUGUCGUCGACAGCAUUAAUAUGCAUAUCAAUAAAGGAAAGGAAUGGGAGGGAACUAUAUUUCAUAGGAGAAAGUCUGGAGAAUGUAUUCCUCUCUGGAGUAAAAUAUCUCCAUUAGAGGUACACAAUGGAAUUGCCGAACAUUUAGUAUUUAUCAAAGAAUUUCCUUAUUAUUCAAUUGAAAAGAUGUUUAGUCCCGAUGGAGAUGUACUUCCUUAUACUUAUGGCUCUAUAAAAAGCACUAGAAAGGCAUCAUAUGAUGUAAAAUCCCUGUGCUCUGACGUUGGUUUGGGUCGCCGACAAAGUUUUGCCAAAUUUCACGCCAUGACUAUCGAGGCGCCCAUAACUAAGGUCAUCAAUAUCCUGAUGGCCACUCAAGAGAACAGUCCUGUGUUUGUGGCCCAAGCGUUGGAUAAAGUAUUGGAAAUAUUGAAGAACUCGGAGCUCUAUUCACCACAAUUUCCGAACAAAGAGAGCAAACCGGACGACCAAAUGGCCAGUGAUCUGGUGUCCGGUCUGAUGAGUAGCGGUACAAAACAGUCGGGAGUCCGUCGUAUGUCACACGAGGCCGCCUCUAAUAAAAGUAGUGUCGGCGGAGGAGGCGUCACUCCACAGACACCCACACAACUGCCGAGUCUUUCCAAUGUUCCCAAUAAUAUCAAGAAUUUAUUGGAUAAGGACAGUGACUGGGGGUUUGAUAUCAUUGAAUUGGAAAGAGUUUCACAAAAACGUCCAUUAGUUUGGUUGGGAUUAUCAGUUCUGUCAAGUUUUGAUGUCUGUCGUACUCUAAACUGUGAUGAGAUAACCUUAAGAAACUGGUUAACAGUCAUUGAAGCCAAUUAUAGGGACAAUCCUUACCACAACUCAACCCAUGCCGCAGAUGUCAUGCAAGCGACCGCUUACUUCUUAAGAAAGCCACGACUGAAGACACUGUUUUAUCCUUUAGAUGAGGCCAUCUGUUUGAUAGCCGCCAUAAUCCACGACGUGGACCAUCCGGGAAAAAAUAGCGCAUUUCUUUGUAAUUCAAAUGACGAGAUGGCCAUACUUUACAAUGAUAUAUCUGUGUUAGAGAGCCAUCACGCGGCUCAUGCCUUUCAUCUAACAGUUGGUCCCAAUUCAGACCCAAUAAAUAUAUUUAAAAAUUUGGAUUCCGAAACCUAUCGAGACGUUCGCCAAUCAAUUAUCGAUAUGGUUUUGGCCACCGAAAUGACUAAACAUUUUGAACAUUUAUCAAAGUUUGUUCACGUUUUUACCAAAUCUGUUAGCAUAGAGGAAGGUCUUAUAGGGAACGUUGGUCAGAGUGGACCGGGAGAACUGGAAACAGUUCCCGAAUCGCCGAAUAUGAUUACAUUUUCCACACCUGAAAAUAUCGUUCUCAUUAAACGAAUUCUCAUUAAGUGUGCCGACGUCUCAAACCCCGCCCGACCUCUAGACCUCUGCAAAGUGUGGGCGCAUAGGAUUGCAGAAGAGUAUUGCAAUCAGACUGAUGAGGAGAAGCGCCAAAAGCUACCGGUAGUGAUGCCGACCUUUGACCGACUGACCUGUUCUAUACCUAAAUCUCAAAUUGGUUUCAUUGAUUAUUUUGCAAACGAUAUGUUUGACGCUUGGGAUUCGUUUGGAGACUUUCCGGAAAUUGCAGAACAUUUGCGAUCAAACUAUCACUUUUGGAAGGAGUUGUCGGAACAAAAUAGUAAUAAAGAUAUCGACAAUAAUAAUAAAGACAAAGAAAGACAAUCCUAAACCAAUUUCAGUCUAAAAGAGGAUCAAUCCAUACAAACAACAAAUACAAAACAACAUUUUAGGCCAAAGUUUUAGUGAAACAGAGAUUAUUUUUUUUAAUUUAAAAAACAGUUUUAUAUGAAAAACAAUCCAAUAUUUAUAAAAUUAGAUUGUAAUGGGAUUUCUAAUAAUAUAAAAAUAUAAUUACAUCAAA